AUGAUCACUUUAGAAAGAACAAACGAUUGGGAUGUUAUCAGGUAUUGCCAAUCGAGAAACUAUGAUACAUGGGGCAAACCAUUAAGCCUCGAGCAGUACUUGGAGAGGGAAGAGAUCAACUAUAAGCAUUCGCUCUGCAAUCUAGACCGUGACUAUUCGAAGGAGAAACGGGGUGAUUAUUAUUGGGUUCUUAAGGAUAGUAAGGCCGAAAGUCCGGUUUCGAAAGAUCCCAAACUACGCAAUAUAGUUGCUUCGUGUGAGAUAUUGGUGAGAGAUGCAUGGGUGGUAGAUUCAAAUGAUAAAGACUUAAAAAUCAGGAAUUGCCUAUCAGCCGUGAUUGGAUCUGUCUUUACUUAUCCGGAAAACAGGUCUAGGGGGUAUGCCAGCCGAAUGCUGACGUUGCUUGUGAAGCAAAUGCAAAAGUUAUUCCCUGGAAAGUAUGACUUCUCGUUUUUGUACAGUGAGGUUGGUGAGUUUUACUCGAGGUUCGGAUACGAAAGUCGGCAUGUUCCAUUGGUGAAUAUUGCAUUGGAUGGACACAGAAAGGAGCCCAAUUUUGCAUAUCAUCCACUAACAACAAAUUUUGACGAAUGUCUUGCCGUUUAUUCCUCUAAACUUAAGAAAGAGAUGGUUGCUGACGUCAGCAACGAGAAACUUGAACAGAACACCAUCUCGUUUUGCCUCAAGCCACAAARGGGGACGAUCGAGUGGUUUCUAAACAGAUCCAGGCACAGUGCAUAUUCGAUAGCUGGCCAAUCAAAAGAGGAAGCUGCAAAUUUAAUGUUUGGUUCAACGUUAGAAACUCCAGAGAGUGGGUUUGUGAUUUGGUUUCUUGACUACAGGACUAAGGUAGCCACUGUUUUGAUGCUGUAUGCAAAUUCAUUUGACAAUUUCAAGAAUUCAAUGUUUCUUUGCAGAAAUCUGGUGCCUGCCGACUUUGAGAAGCUUGUAAUUUGGGAGUCCGAGGUUACUGACUAUGAUAAAAGUGGUUCAUCAAACAAAAAUGCCUUACGAUAUGUCAGGGAUGAAAUGCAAGCCGAAACAGGGCUUGAGAACAGUUCACUGAGUGCGUUCAGAUUCUUGAACUUGGAUGUUAGCGGUAAAAACGUUCACUGGAUAUGCAAUGGAAAGAGUUGCUGGUUUUAA